AGCGGCGGGAGGGCGGGGAGGGAAGAUGGCGGCGCCGGUCGGAGCCGUCACCGGGGCGACGCAGCGGCUCCGCCGCCCGCAGCCCUGAGGGCCCGGCCCGGCUCGGCCCGGCCCGGCGGCAGCUGUGACGUGGGAUGCCAUGGCCAGCUCCUCGGACAGUGACGAUGAUGGGUUCAUGGCCGUGGAUGCAGAGGACGCCGUGGUGGAAGGCACGAUGGAGCAGGAGGAUGAGCCCCACGCCGAGCUGGAGGUGGAGGAGCCCAGGCCCAGCUCCAGAUCGAUGCUGGAGCUGCCAGAAGAGGUUUUGGAAUACAUCCUGUCCUUCCUCUCUCCCUACCAGGAGCACAAAACCGCCGCCCUUGUCUGCAAACAGUGGUAUCGACUGAUCAAAGGUGUGGCCCACCAGUGCUACCACGGCUUUAUCAAGGCAGUGCAGGAAGGGAACAUCCAGUGGGAGAGCCGCACUUACCCCUACCCCGGCACCCCCAUCACCCAGCGCUUCUCGCACAGUGCAUGUUACUAUGAUGCAAACCAGUCCAUGUACGUGUUCGGGGGCUGCACCCAGAGCAGCUGCAAUGCCGCCUUCAACGACCUCUGGAGGCUGGACCUCAACAGCAAGGAGUGGAUCCGGCCCCUGGCCUCAGGUUCCUAUCCCUCUCCCAAGGCUGGAGCCACACUGGUGGUCUACAAGGACUUGCUGGUGCUUUUUGGGGGGUGGACCCGGCCAAGCCCUUAUCCCCUGCACCAGCCCGAGAGGUUCUUCGAUGAGAUCCACACAUACUCCCCCUCCAAAAACUGGUGGAACUGCAUCAUGACCACCCACGGCCCCCCUCCCAUGGCAGGACACUCCUCUUGUGUCAUCGAAGACAAAAUGAUUGUUUUUGGGGGCUCCCUUGGAUCCCGACAGAUGAGCAACGAUGUCUGGGUGCUGGAUCUGGAGCAGUGGGCUUGGUCUAAGCCCAGCAUCUCCGGGCCCAGUCCUCACCCGCGCGGGGGCCAGUCCCAGAUCGUGAUAGACAACGAGACCAUUUUAAUCCUUGGAGGCUGCGGGGGUCCCAAUGCACUGUUCAAAGACGCCUGGUUGCUGCACAUGCAGGCCAACCCCUGGACGUGGCAGCCGCUCAAGGUGGAGAACGAGGACCACGGAGCCCCGGAGCUGUGGUGCCAUCCUGCGUGCAGGGUGGGACAGUGUGUGGUGGUGUUCAGCCAAGCUCCCAGCGGGAGGGCCCCGCUGAGCCCCAGCCUCAACUCGCGCCCGUCUCCCAUCAGCGCCACGCCGCCCGCCCUGGUGCCUGAGCAGCGGGAAUUCCGCUCCCAGUCUCCCGUCAGGAGCACGGACGAGGCUCCCUGCGUCAACGGCCGCUGGGGCACGCUGCGGCCGCGCCGGCAGACGCCGUCGGGCUCGCGGGAGGGCAGCCUGUCCCCGGCCAGAGGGGACAGCUCCCCGGUGCUCAACGGCGGCACCGUGUCACCCGGAGCGGCCCUGGACAGCCCCGUGCAGGCCUUGUCCCCCAGCACCCCCUCGGCCGCCGAGGGAUUCGACCUCAAGGUGGGGCCGGCCCUGGCGCCGCGCCGGGGCUCGCUGCCGGAGCAGAGGGACCUGCGCCUGGCCUCGGUGGAGCUGGGCUGGGAGCAGAAGCCCACGUCCCUCCUGUGCCAGCUGGACGGCGCGGAGGGCAGGACAGCGGGCACGCGGAACCCCCUGGAGCACACCAACGGCAUCCACACCCCGCCCCACGCCGCCGGCACCCUGCCCGGGGCCGUGUCCCCCGGCGCGCUCCGCCGCAGCCUCGAGGCCGUCAAAGCCCUCUCCUCCAAAGCCGCCGCCGCCUCGGCCGCGCUCAGCCCUCCCCUGGCGGCGUCCCCGGGGUCCCCGGGCGCUGAGCCGGGCUCGGCGCGGCCGGGCGCCGCCCAGGGCGAGGGGCACUCGCUGCCCCCCAUCGCCCGGCGCCUCGGGCACCACCCGCCGCAGUCGCUGAACGUGGGCAAGCCGCUGUACCAGAGCAUGAACUGCAAGCCCAUGCAGAUGUACGUGCUGGACAUUAAGGACACCAAGGAGCAGGGUCGAGUCAAGUGGAAAGUGUUCAACAGCAGCUCCGUGGUGGGGCCGCCCGAGACCAGUUUACACACGGUGGUGCAAGGCCGAGGGGAGCUGAUCAUAUUUGGUGGCCUCAUGGACAAGAAACAAAACGUCAAAUAUUACCCCAAAACAAAUGCCUUGUACUUUGUGCGAGCAAAGAGAUAAUGCGGCCCCCGGCCGCCGCCGCCACCCGUCCCCUCCAUCCCCGCGGCUCUUCCUCCUUCCCGAGCCCCUUCCCAACAUGCAGGCGUUCCAAUUCAAACUGUGAAUUAGGGAGCAGGAAACCAAUAAAAGUCCAAGCAAACCCUCCA